UCCUGCCGGCAAUUAGGCCAUCAGAGACCGGGAUUUGGCCCACAUCAACCUCUCAUCUUGUGCGGAUAGUUGUCACCUUGCUCAACCAGCCGGCUUCUUGCCAACAAGGGAGAGAGAUCCCAACUUAAGACGCACAAGCGCGAGGGGCGUGCCUGUAUGUGCCCUACCUACUCAACCCCCCCUUCUAUUCCACUUAUAAUGUCAUUUCGCCUCGUUGAUCGUGGGGGGUCUGCAAAGCGUGCCCGAAGAGUGGAUAUGAGAGGAGAGCAGGCAGAGAAAGAGGCAGGGGAAACACGUUUCCGCCGACGCCCGUCAUCGUCCACCCCUUCUCCCACUCCACUGUUUCUGACUGAGCCGUUGUCUCCGCCAUUCCCGCCCGUUGUCAAACCGUUGAGUUUUCCCUUUUCGUGCCACUCAGCCCCUGCCUGGGCCACGAUAUCUUUGACGUCCCGACAUCCCCGUAAGUGCUUAAGAACAGAGGAGUGGCCCGGUGGAGAUGCUCUAUGCAACAGGGUGUUUUUGGAGCCCCAUAUCAAAGUUCCUCCCCCACUGCUCAGAGGGACCAACACGCAGCAAGCCAACCUGCCCCUUGGCCCGUUUUCCAGCCACAAUAGCAAGGGGAAACACCUGCUGUCACGGAAAGUUCCUGAACCCCAUGUCGAAGAUGACAGUCCUCGUCGGAGGUCCCGCCGAGGGCUGAGUGAGGCGAUGCCCUCCUCACUCAUCGUAUCAUGGCAAAUGACAAUAUGCUGGACCCGGUCGCGCCCGAGAAAGGACAGCCUCUAGAUGGCCAUCACGAUCCACGUGCUGUUUCGACGACUUGUUUUCCAAAGUCAUGCAUUCAUUAUACAUCAAACUUGCGUGGGGGAGGGGGCUUGGGAUGUGGGAAUGGACAUGGCCUGCUG